GCUCACCGUUCCGUUACACGGGUCCGUUUCUCCCGGUUGUGUUCAGUGCAGCAGCUGCGAGGAUCUGAGGAAACUCACUCACUCACUCACCCUCCAGUGUCUCGGAUACUUUACGGUCCCGCCCGGUCUCCAGUCACCCGCUCGGGAGCAGAGAACCGUCCCGUCUUGAGAUGAUGCUGAGUCUCGGUCUGUUCGUGCCUCUGGUGGUUCUGACGGUGUCCGUUACCGGCAGCAGUGACGGAAACCCGCUGGACAACGAUAAGUGGAUGAGCACCGUGUCCCAGUACGACAAAAGCAAAUACUGGAACAAAUUCCGCGACGAGGUUGAGGAUGAUUACUUCAGAGCCUGGAACCCCAACAAAGCACAAGACCAAGAGAGCGAGUCGAACCUACGAUCAGAACCAAAACCUAAAUCACACUCACAGACCAAGAGCAGAACUACUGACGGGCUGGACAGCACUAAAGACCCGUGCAUGAAGGUUCGCUGCCCUCCUCACAAAGUGUGUGUGAGCCACGACUUCCAGACGGCCAUCUGCGCCAAUCACAAACCAGCACAGCACAGCAUUAAACCCAGGAAAGGAAAUCCCCCGCAUAAGCGUUGGAUGGGAGCUGUGAAUCAUGGGAAAUGUAGGCCAUGCCCUGUAGUUCACUCCAGCUUGGUGUGCGGCUCCGACGGACACACAUACUCCUCAAAGUGUAAACUGGAGUUCCAGGCCUGCAGCUCGAGCAAAAGCAUCUCUGUGAAAUGUGAGGGUCCGUGUCCCUGCCUGCCAGGGCAGGAAGUCAUCAAACCGCACACAGAGAAGAACGGCUGCAGCGAUGCUGAUUUGAAAAGUUUAGCAUCCAGACUCAAAGACUGGUUCGGGGUUUUGCACACGGAUGCCAACAGAGACCUGAAGAGCACUACGAGUGAAACCACACAAGGACGUUUCGACACCAGCAUUUUGCCCAUCUGUAAAGAUUCUCUCGGGUGGAUGUUCAACAAGCUGGACAUGAACUACGACCUUCUGCUCGACCAAUCAGAGCUCAGCGCCAUUUACCUCGACAAAUACGAACUGUGCAUGCGGCCUCUGUUCAACUCCUGCGACUCCUUCAAAGACGGAAAGCUGUCCAACAACGAGUGGUGCUACUGUUUCCAGAAACCCGACGGCAUGCCGUGUCAGAACGAGAUGAACAGGAUUCAUUCUCAGAGUCGGAGGAAGACUCUGAUAGGGGCGUAUGUGCCGCGCUGUUCUGAGGACGGGUAUUUUAAGGCCACUCAGUGUCAUGGCAGCACCGGUCAGUGCUGGUGUGUGGACAAAUACGGCAAUGAGAUCGCAGGAUCCCGCAGACAGGGAAACCCUACCUGUGAGGAGGAUCAGGAGACGUCUGGAGAUUUCGGCGGCAGCGGUGGCGGCGCUGUGAUUCUACUGGACGAUCAGGAGGAGGAGUCUCCGCAGCGUGGGCGGGGCCGACAGAAAGAGAGGCGGGGGCGACUCCACCCCCGCGGGGCGAUCGAGGAUGACGAAGACGCAGAGGACGACGAGAUGGGCUACGUCUGGUAGCUCCGCCCACCCAUCUUCCGCUAAUUAACCAGGGACCCAUGUUAAAAUGCACAGUUCUGAAGCCAUUCCAGCUCCGCCCCCUCAGACACGCCCCCCUCUUCUCAUUCCGGAUCUGAUCUUGUCCUUCUCAUUCUCUCUCUCUCUCUCUCUCUCUCCUCAGCCGCCUCUUCACGUUCUGUCCUCUGUUUUCCCUCGUUCAAACUCUCCUGGAUCGCUCUCUAGCGUAUUCUAGACCGGCUCUAGACGGUAGACGUGCAUGACGAGAUUGUUCAGCAUUUCGGGGGCUUCAUACCAGUUCUACUUAGGAUGUUUUUAAAGGGUUCGUUCUCAGUGGUGAUAUGCAUGAACGCCACUGCUGAAUGCAGGAGUCGACGUCGGAGACCUUCAAGGGCGAGGUUUAGGUGGGCUUAAGCCAAACGCGCACUACAACACCGAAGCUCAUCACACUUUCAUGUUUUAAAUCUGACACAAGAGGUUGCGGAUCAUAGCGUUGAUGUUCGCUCCGCGUGAAACGCGCUACAACUCGUCACUGUUGCUACAAUACUACGGUUCAAAUCUGAAAUCGAAACGUUUUUUGGUUUCGCUUACUUUUUUUCUGCAUGCAGAAACGACCCGAAGCCCUUCCUUUUGUGUGAACGAGUUUGCAGGAGAAUGAGAGAGAGUUUGUGCGGGAUGAUCUUGUAAUUAAUGCAUGUAGGCCGUGAUUAGUCGAGUACAAUGUGCACAAAAACAACACAAGAAACAGCGUAGAUGAGCGAUGAGCUUCAGUCGGGUUGUGUGUGCUUGACUUCAUGCUGCUUUCACGUCAGUUCACAAUUACUGUAAUUAUAAGAAACAAAUCCCAUGCAUGCGACUGUGAACUUCACUGCAAAAAAGCACUGCUCUUAUUCAGUAUAUUUCAAUUAAUGCAAAUACAACGUGUUUAUAUUUUAUUUUAUUUCAGCUUAAUUUCAAUGACCAAAAUUAAUUUCUUAUUGAAGUUAGUGCACUUUUAUUUUUUAUAAUUAAUAUUUUUUACAUUUUAAAAUGAUAUUAUAUUAAAUAAUAUUUUUGCAGCUUUAGUUCUGUUUUGUUUUUUAUUUACUUGCUACGCCGAAUGACAUAAGAUAUUGAGUUUACGCUUGAAAGGAGAAAAACAUCUGCCAGUGGAGUCAGAAAAAUAAUCUUUAUUUUAAUGAACCUGACUUCAAUAUUAUUUUUCUAACCUUAAUGGCAGACAUUUGUUCUUCUUUUAAGUGUAAACCCGCUUCAUUUUGCCAAAUUUCUCUGAAAACAAGACUCGAGUGAGUUUACGCUGUAAACAAGAGCAAACGGGGUCAGAAAAAUCAUCUCGCGUGUUUAUUUCUCUGACCCCAUUAGCAGAGAGUUGUUCUUUUUUCGAGCGUAUAAACUUUAAGCUUUUCAAAUCUAAGCAUAGAAACCUUAAUGUGUCAUUGUGGAUUGAAGUUUAAAUCGAUUUAAGUGUAUUCCCAUGUUUAUACUGGAAAACAAGAUAAAACAAGAACAGGAAGAACAGCACUUUUUGCGGUGUUUACCAUAGUGACAAAAUGACUAAAGUUAUUCGACUGCUCGUUUGAAAAGAUUUCCGUUAUAUUGCAGGCGGUCUCGCCUGGAGCCUUUUCUUAGUUUUUCAACGUUUUGCAAAAGUCUCGUUCACGUAUUUGCUACCGCGGAUGCCACAGUAAGAAAAAGCAUCUGCGUCCAAGCGCGCGAGCUGAAUCUGGUAAUUGCAGCAAUUGCGACGUGACGCGAGCCCGAUCUCGUCCCUUUGUUUGUCGUCUUCGGCUGAUGAUUUAGUUCCCGAGUCCUUCACCGCGGCUCGUUUUUCUAUCGCCGUCUCCGAGCGUUUAAGCUGGGUCGCGACCUUUGCGUCGGCUCUCCGUGCGAUCGGUUCUCUGAAGCUGGAGAGUUUGGGCUCGACAGAAUUCAGAAGCGAUCAAACGGCUCGUCCGCCUGACCUUUUCAAACCGUUCCAGAAAAACAGAAGGCGAAUGAAGCGGCGUGACGGCUGUCUGGCGGAUGAAUUUGCCGUCGUUAGCGCAUCCGUGAGACUCCGGGCCCUGGAGUCACGUCCGCCUCCAAUCUUCGUCUCAUUCGGCAUUCUUCGUUUGAUCAGAAUAGUUGGAUACGUCGAGCUUAAACAGUUUUAUAAGCACGCGUGAGGUUUUAGGCUAACCUCUUGCUUGCUGUUUUUUGAUUUGCAUACGGUUUUUUGCCCAUCUCACUUGCUCAGCAAACCCGCAAUCCCCCGCUCGGCUCCUAUAGAGGAGAUACGCCGCUGUUAGACCGGAUCGGAUGAUCCGCGAUCCUUAAAGAGUUUAGUGCUGAUAUCAGAUCACAGCAGCUUAGUUCUGUUCCUCUGACUAUAUUCACACACUCCUUUCUCAUCUUCCUGGCAUGUCUUUUCUCGCUCGUGUCGGCGGCGAGUUCUCCGCAGAAGGAGACGUCUCGCUCGGUGAUCAUAGACAGUGCUGCAGAUGGAUUAUACGAGGCGUUUUGCGCCCAGAGGGGAAGUUUCUGGGUGCUCCUGAGGGAUUAUGGGUAACAGAGGAACGAACUGAUGGGCUUACGGCUUCCUAACACCUUUUUAUUCUAUUCUUUUUUUGUUCCCUCACUGCACCUUUUCAUUCCCAGGAGUAGGAGACACAUUUAACAGAUCAAGAGGAGUGAAUAAUCUGGAAGAAAUCUUUUAAGGACAGCGGUGUUGUUCUAAACCUGUAGGAACAGGAAAAGUUCAUGACUAAAGAAAAUGCAAAAAACUAACAAACAUAUAAGCGUAAACUGAAACAUUCUUUGUUGUCAUCAGUGGAUCCACUAAGAACCUUCAACAUCUAUUCCACAAAAGGUUCUUUACAGUGGAAAAACAACCAUAAGAACUUUUCAUUAAAAGAAUUGCAUUCGUGUUGGGUUUUAGAUUUGUAUUUUUUUAUUAAUAUGAUUAAAAGGUGAGACUUGGCAGCGGAGGCCAUUGGUUUUCAUGUAAUUGGAGAGAUUUGAGAGCUGCGGGAAUACAAAAUCUUUCAGGUUUGGAACAACACAGUUAUGUUUUUUUUCUUUGGAUACACUAAAACAGGGCUGCACGGUUUCAGAUAUUUAUGAAAUAUUAUAUGCAGUAUUAAAUGAAAUCGGUGUGGAAUACUAAAAUGUAUAUUUAAGGAAAUAAUAUAAUUAUUGUAUUGUCCUAAAUAAUAAUAACUAUAAAAAUGACAGUGCUGUUUAUGGCUUUCUUGAUUGAUUUAUUUAACAUUAAAGCUUUUAUUUUGGCAGAAAGACUUUUUUUUGAGCCGCUCAUGUGUAAAUUAACACAGCACGUUUAACUUUGAAACACACGGCGCAUUUAUAUUUUAACUAAAUCACAGCCUGUUUUGAACUAAGCCAUACUGUGAUUUUGCUUUUGUUUUGUUUAAUCGUGCAGCCCUCUUCUCAAAUAUGAGCUUCAAGCUACAGGAAGUGCAUCCUUCUUUCAUUCUGUCUCUCUCUCUCUCUCUCUCUCUCUCUCUCUCUCUCUCUCUCUGUCUAUCGAUCAUAUUCUUAGAUGAAAUCAGUUGUUAUCGUGAUAAGCUGAGAGCAUCACACACACACACACACACACACACACACACACACACCCCGUAUCUGAUCUCUGCAGAACUGCAUCAUGGACUUCUGACGAUAACAAUGACCUUUGACCUUUGAGGUGACCUCUCCCCUCCUCUAGUGCUGCUGUGUGUCUGAUGCCUGGCCUGCAACUGUAAACUUCCCCCGGCCCGUCCCGCCUCUGCCUGCUUCGCUCCUGUACAAAGGUGCAAUAAAAGCUUUGUCACGAUGUUUUCACAUAUUUUACCGCAAACACACACUCACACACUCACACACACACACAGGUGAUCCGACCGCUCACACCUGCAGCUACAGAUGAAACAGUCGAUGGCCAUAUUUGCAAGAGUUUCCUUUGUUAAUUCUCUAUAUUUUUUACUCUGUAAAGACAAUAAUUAAUGUGUAAAAAACAAGAAAAAUGCUGAAUGUUCAACCGGAGAUGUAAUUAAUGACGUCAUGUGGCUUCGUCCAUUUGCCUUGCCUGAGUCUGGAUGUGUAAAAACCCUCCUGUGGUCCUGAGUUCAGUGUACAGACCCUCCUCUGUCCCUCUAUCUGUCCGUCUCUCUCUCUUUCCACCGUCGCAGUGCCGCUGUUCGCACCGGAUUCGUUGUUCAGUCCGACCCAGCGCGGCUUUUUAACAGAAAAACGAGAUGAAAUUAAGUUACUGAAACGAAUCUGAGCUCUUAAAACUACAAGUUCUGCAUCGGCGUCGAUGGUCCAGUGGAGAACCUUCCACAGAUGUUAAAGGUUCUUCUAGAAACCGCAAAUUGUUCUUCCGUGGCUUUGCUGUGAAACCCAUCGUCGAAAUCGUUUUUUUUUUUUCUGAGUGUAUUUUACACGCUAUGUGCUCAGAAAUCACUAAAACCACAAAACAAGCACUACGAUCUCAAAAACCAGUCUCCAGGUCUGGGUCAGGUCUGAGAAGUGAAGCUGUUGGCUUUGACGUGUUUCUCCGGCCGAAUGCCGGCACCGCUCCGGUGGUUUCUCUCUGUUCUGGUGUUUUCCCGUCAUUUCCCUGAAUCCUGAUCGAGAGUCCCAGUGGAAUGUUCUUGUUCUGGGCUGAUUUGUUUGGUUUGUUUGGUUUCUCUCUUUUCUCCUUCUCUCUCUCUCUCUCUCUCUUUCUCUCUUUCUCUCUUUCUUUUUUAUUUUUAGUUUUAGCUGUAAAAUGGUUCCUUGAGAAAUUGUUUGUCUGAAUAAAACUGGAGUUUGUCCUCGUCCA